AUGUAUUUCUACAACCAAAAGGAUCCCAAUUUCACAGACAACAGCGAGCAUCUACACUCUAGAAACGCAUCCAAUGCAACCUUUCCAAAUGCACAUGUCGACUCCACUGACCACAUUGUUGAACCACAGGAAUCUCCAAUUGAUUUUCUAAACAACCAGCUUGAAUUUGACUCCAACAAUCUCUUUAGUGAACCGUCUCUGUUUGACACCAACAGCGCCCACUGGGAUCAUCCACCACCACAGCACCAGCACACAUUAGAUACACAGCAAGAGGCUAUUCUGCUAUCGGACCCAAACUUUUUACGCCAACAUCAGUUGUUACGAGAUCAGCAUGCGUAUUCAGAACAGCAUGCUCAAGGGGACACAGCAGCGUCCAAUUUGACAGCCAUGUUUGAGCCCACAAAGCAGCAGCAGCAGCAGCAGCAGCAAACCAAGAAGAAGCAGAGCAACCGUCGUCAACAUGUAGUCGGCAAAUCCAACAUGGAUGAUCAUGAAGACGAUCCCAAUGAAGCUAAAAUUGAUCAUCAACGCCGGUUUAAUGAACUGCAAGCUCGCUUCAGGGUAAACUAUACACCUAAAGCAUUGCAAUCAUCAAAAGGUAAAUCCAGCAAGAAAUAUUCUACAUCGCCACAACCGCAACAUACCACAUCAAAACGUGCUUCCUCCUCCAGCAACAGCGCCAAAUCGACUGUUACACACCAAUCGACCUCUCCCGUGCCGCCGUUUAAAGAAGAUAGUGCAAUCAACCUGGAACAUGUGCCCUACAAAGCAGCAGCAGCAGAAGAUCAGCAAAAGCCAACACAUACAUCCUCUACGCCCACGCCAUCACCAACACAGCAUCCACCGCUUACACCUCCUGCUGCUAAUGUUGCUAUGAUUGGCGGCCUCGUCAUGAAUACAAACAACAACAAUAGAGAAGACAGUCUCUCGUCCAAGGAACCUCUCUCUUCUUCGGUUCCUGCACGCACAAUGCCUAUCCAGAUUCAACGUGUCACACGGCCAAACAGCAACCAGCCAUUUGAUGCUGAAUCGCAUCAGAGACAAUUGGACAAUCAAUUGACCAAGGUAGAUUUUGAUGAUAUCACAGUAUCUGAACUCAAGGAAAUGCUGAGACAACGAGGUAAGCCUGCUACCGGUAAGAAGGCCAUCUUACUGCAGCGAUUGCAAGAAGAACGGGAUAUUGCCAAGGGAGGUAGAAGCCCUGGAAGCAAUCGCCUUGCCAAUCGACAUUCGCAACCGUUGCCCUUUUCCUCUCGUUCCUUGAACCUACCCGAGACUCUCAAACAACAGCGACCUCGAUCUUUCCAGGGCAGUGGCAGUGGUGGUGGUACCAUGCCUGUGACGAUCAACAGUUCAGAUAACAAUGCUUAUCAUCAUGCUGCUGCUUCCGUAUCGCCCUCUAUGCCAAGCUUCUUGCCUCCUGGCUCUCCUGGUGGCCAACUCCAUCGCUCUAUUGCUAACAUGCAUAUCGGAUCACCACCCGCAACAACAUCCAGACGCUACUCUCCUUACUCUCCACGACUGAGCAGUUCACCAAAGACGACACACCACGAAUACUCUUCUUCUGUGCCCUUGUACUCGGGUGAUCUGUCCUCCUCGCCCAACAACAACACGACACCUACGCAGAACAAUCCCGCUUAUAACCAGAAUAAUGGCAAUGGCAUGAUGCUUUCUUCGUCUUACUCUGCAACACGACCUGUCAAUCGAUACUAUAACAACCCAAAGACCUACAAACCAUUCACCUCGUCUGCGCUGGCCACACCUGAUAGAGAAGAAGACGUCAAUCCAUUUGACAGAUAUUAUGCUGGCGUCGAGUCUCCCAUCACAGAAGAAAAGACCAUACCCGAGCCAGAGAUCAACUACAGCACCAACCAUCUUGACAGCAAUAAUAACGCUCUUCAGAAUUUUGAUAGCAUGGAUUGGUCAGAUCCAAGUGCCCUUGAAUUGUUACUGCAGCAAGGUACCUACAAUAUGAACAUUGCUGAGAUGAUUGGCCAGCCAUUGUACAGCGAUGAUGUUGUCUUGACAAAUGACCAGAUUUUGGCAUUAUUAAACACGCAGCAAAGUGCUCCUCCAUUUGAAUUUAGGCUGAAUGACACUCAUUUCACACCAGAUCAACCUCUCUAUGAGCAACAACAACAACAACAACAACAACAACAACAACAACAACAGCAGCAGCAGCAGCAAAUGCAACAGCAACAGCAACAACAGUAUUAUCAAUAG